UCCUUCUCAAUCUCCCGAAAGCAAAUACCCAUUGCCCGAGGCCACCGCCAGAACCCCCCUGCAUUCCUAUCUUCGAUCCCGGUCGAUAGCACACAUGGCUGAUUCCUCCGACGUGGACACUGGGCUUGUUGAGGUCAUCCCGAGUCUGUACAUAUCCAGCCUGAAACCUGCCAGCAGCGUCGAUAUUCUGUACCAGAAUCGCAUCACACAUGUACUGGCCGUUGGCCUGAACAUGCAGUCGCCGUUUCCCAACCUUUGCAAGUACAAGAUCGUCUCGCUUGAGGACUCGGCCGAAGCCAAUCUGCUGGAGUGUCUUCCCUCCGCGAUCGAGUAUAUUUCCCAAGCCAUCUCGAAGGAUGGGCGAGUUUUGGUUCAUUGCGUCGCGGGCAUCUCGCGCAGCGCCUCGAUCAUCGUCGCCUAUCUGAUGAAGGCCCAAAAGCUCGAAUAUGAACAGGCGCUUGAGAUUCUCCACCAACAACACCCCCGGGCCGAGCCCAAUUCGGGGUUCGAGGAACAGCUGCGGCUCUUUGCCGAACUCAACUACGUUGUCGACUUGGAGGAGACUCGGUAUCGCCGGUUCCUGAUGACUCGGAUGGCACAGCAGCGAGACAAACUCGGAUACAUCCCACAACUGGUACUGGGAUGCGACCCUCUCAAGGACGCCCCGAUUGCCGGGGUGCCGUCGAUCACGGGCGGGGUGCAGCCGAUUCCACGAACCGGGAUCCGAAUCCUGCAGCUGCGUUGCAAGAAAUGCAGACGCAUCCUGGUAUCAAAGGACAACAUCAUGGAACACAACCCUGGAGCCGGGGAGACCAGCUUUGCGUACAACAAACGCGGCCAGGGCCUGGGACCCAAUGCCCAGGCCAAAUCCAAGUGCAACCUCUUCUUCAUCGAGCCAAUGGAGUGGAUCCACGGCCUGGACGACGGCAGCGUCGAGGGCAAGAUCCAGUGCCCCAAAUGCGAAUCAAAGUUGGGGUCGUAUAACUGGUCAGGCUCGCAGUGCUCCUGUGGCGAAUGGAUCACCCCGUCAUUUGCAUUGCAGAAAUCAAAGGUGGACGAAGUAACUGGCCCCUGUCCGUAGAAACACUUUGUCGAACAGCGACUGGUCUGGUGGGAGCGACGGCCCAUCACUGGCAGGGUUUGUGAGCUCAGCGGGGCUCAGCGAUGCAAUGAAUACAUGGCAGCCAUGAUUCAGCAGGGCCAUGAGAACCCAGAAGCGGGACACACAUGAAAUCAAGGAAACGCCAUCUUCGACGGUCAAUCG